CUUUAGCAAGCAGUUACAGUACCGGAAUCUGCCCACUGCAAAUCGACGAUUUAUAGUCUUCAGACACAGCAGAAGCAAGCGAACUAGAUUCCGAUAUGAGGAAACGAGAUUUGGCCAUUCUCAUGCUCUCAGCUUUCGCGAUUUUCUUCUCCCUUCAGCACGAGGGUGAUUUCUCCUUUAGAGAAGCUUGGUUUCAUUUAUCAGAUGAAUAUCCUAUCAAAUACGAAGCCGAUCGUCUCCCUCCGCCUCUCGUCGCCGAUCUCAACGGCGACGGAAAGAAAGAAGUCCUCAUCGCCACGCAUGACGCCAAAAUUCAGAUACUGGAACCACAUGCAAGGCGAGUGGAUGAGAGUUUCAGUGAAGCGCGAGUGCUGACGGAGGUUUCCUUGUUGCCCGAUAAGAUCAGGGUUACAAGUGGUAGACGUCCUGUGGCCAUGGCCACGGGUGUUAUAGAUCGGGUAUAUAAACCCGGGCAACCGCUUAAGCAGGUUCUGGUUGUUGUCACGUCCGGUUGGUCUGUUAUGUGUUUCGAUCAUAAUCUCCAAAAGCUAUGGGAAAAUAACUUGCAGGAGGAUUUUCCACAUAAUGCUCACCACAGGGAAAUAGCCAUCUCCAUAAGCAAUUACACCUUGAAACAUGGAGAUGUAGGACUAGUCAUUGUUGGUGGGAGAAUGGAAAUGCAGUCUCAUAUUUACAUAGAUCCUUUUGAAGAAAUUGGAGUGACAGAGCGAAAUGCUGAGCAACAUAGAAGAAGUGCAAGUGAAAAGGAGGCUUCUGAGAACUCUGGAACUGUGAAUUUACACCAUUUUGCAUUUCAUGCAUUUGCUGGGAGAAGUGGUCAACUUCGUUGGAGUAGAAAGAAUGAGAAUAUUGAAGAGCAUUCAUCAGAUCCUUUACAGCUAAUUCCACAGCACAAUUACAAGCUAGAUGCACAAGCUUUGAACAAUCGCCAUCCUGGACAGCUUGCAUGUGGGGAUGUCAGAGAAUCACUCCUUGGAGUUAUGCCACAUCAAUGGGAUAGGAGAGAAGAUACAUUGCUGAAGCUUGCACACUUCAGGCGACACAAACGGAAAACAUUGAAGAGAGUGGCUGGAAAGACAACAACGUACCCUUUUAACAAGCCUGAGGAACACCAUCCUCCAGGGAAGGACUCAACUAAAAAAAUUUCAAAGUUGAUUGGAGAAGCAGCAAAGUACGCUGGUUCAGCAAAAACUAAGAAGCCAAAUAAUUAUAUUCCGACAAUAACAAACCACACCAACCUUUGGUGGGUUCCUAAUGUUGUUGUGGCUCAUCAAAAGGAAGGGAUAGAAGUUGUUCAUUUGGCAACUGGUCGACUUAUAUGCAAGCUUCAUCUCCAAGAAGGUGGUCUUCAUGCUGAUAUUAAUGGAGAUGGAGUCCUAGAUCAUGUCCAGGCUGUUGGAGGAAAUGGUGCUGAACAGACUGUUGUUAGUGGAUCCAUGGAAGUUCUGCGACCUUGUUGGGCUGUGGCAACCUCUGGUGUACCAGUUCGUGAACAACUAUUUAAUGCUUCUAUUUGUCAUCAUUCCCCUUUUAACUUAUUCCAGCAUGGGGAGUUCUACAGAAAUUUUGGUCGAAAUACAGAUGUUACAUCCUUAGAGGUUGCAACUCCAAUUCUCAUUCCAAGAAAUGAUGGGCACAGGCAUCGUAAGGGGAGUCAUGGUGAUGUUAUCUUCCUAACAAAUCGAGGCGAGGUAACUGCAUACUCUCCUGGUUUGCAUGGACAUGAUGCUGUUUGGCAGUGGCAGCUUUUAACAGAUGCUACAUGGUCAAAUCUUCCUUCUCCAUCGGGGAUGAUGGAAGCUGGUACCGUGGUCCCUACUUUGAAGGCAUUCUCUUUGCGUGUCCAUGACAAUCAACAGAUGAUCCUGGCAGCAGGAGACCAAGAAGCCGUACUAAUCUCACCUGGAGGAAGCAUAUUAACUUCAGUUGAUCUUCCUGCACCACCCACCCAUGCCCUCAUCACUGAGGACUUUUCAAACGAUGGGCUUACGGACAUCAUUCUCGUGACAUCUACUGGAGUUUAUGGUUUUGUCCAAACUAGGCAGCCAGGUGCCUUGUUCUUCAGCACGCUGGUUGGUUGCCUUCUAGUGGUCAUGGGAGUAAUCUUUGUCACCCAACACCUGAAUUCAAUGAAGGCAAAACCCCGUCCUUCUGCUGGUCCACGAUGAAUAGGGGUUUUACAUUUCGAUAGUUUGACCACCGAAGAUCGUCAGAACUACAGAAAAGUUGUAGAUUAACAUUUUGAGAGGUCCAAACUCGGGAACCACAUUUCUGGGCCCUUAUGUAUGACAGGUAUGACUUCGUGACCACUGCAAUACAGCUUGUUCCUCGUGUAGCCUAUUUUCAGUGACUUCAACAGGGGUGUUCCGUGGAGAACUCAUGAAACUAGUGUUGUCUUUGUGAUGGAACUAGAUAAUAUAUGAUAGAAUUUUUGGAGUAAAUUAUAGAGAAGCAUAAAGUUUGUUGAGGAUAUAGUUGCCAUUUUCGUAAUCCAACUACCAGUUA